AUGAUAUACCCCUUCAUCAAUGGAUGCCCAGCUGAUGAAAGAAGUUACCUGCUAGAUUUCAAUGGAGGUCUUGUCGAUCCCAUGGGUCGGUUAUCCUCGUGGCAGGGCUGCAAUUGUUGUCAGUGGAUGGGUAUUCGUUGCGACUACCAUUCAGGCUAUGUCAUUAGCCUUGAUCUCAAAGACCGCUUUGCUGAAAGAUAUGAUGAGCAUAACAAGAGUCUUAGUGGGGCGAUACAUCCAUCGCUGUUUAAUCUGCAGAAUCUUCAGCACCUGGAUCUCGGAUACAAUUAUUUCAAUGCUACUUCCAUAUCUCCUCACUUGGCGGCGUUUGGAGAAUGGAUUAAGGAUCUGAGAAGUCUGGAGUACCUAGCUAUGAAUCGUGUGAAUCUGUCGAUGGCAAAUGAUCAGUGGAGUAAUGGCCUCAGCAGCCUCUCUAAUCUUAGGGAGAUUCACCUUUCUUUUUGUGGACUUUCAGCUUGGUUUCAGAAUGUCUCUUCCUUGGUCUCCCUUGAUCUGUCUUGGUGUGGUCUUAACGGUUCAAAUUUUAUGCCUCGUUCAAGCCUCAGAAAUCUUGACCUGUCAGGUAACCUGUUUGGUGGAAACCUUUCUUUCAUUCCAUACCAAUCUUCGUCGAUAGCAAACCUUAACCUCGCGUUUAACAGUUUAGAAGGAAAGACUCCCCUUUUCUUUGUAAACUUUACUGAACUAAAGAAUUUGGAUCUUUCACAUAACUUCUUAGCAGGGGAUAUACCUCCUUUCUUUGUAAACUUGACUGAACUUCAGAAUUUGGAUCUGGCAAUGAACACUUUAACAGGGGACAUACCUCCCUUUGGAUCUGUAUUUGGGGAAGUUUUACUACUUUCAUUUAUUAAUCUUUCCAGAAACAAAUUGACGGGCAAUAUACCACACUCUAUUGGUUGUCUUCCUCUAUUGAGAAGCCUCAAUCUGGAAUAUAAUCAGCUCUCAGGAAAAAUACCAGAUGCCCUUUUAAACUCACCUAGACUAGAAAAACUAUUACUUGAUUACAAUAAUUUAACAGGGAGCCUUUCUCUUUCGUCGAUGGAUAAUUUAACUCAGCUUCGACAAUUGAGCCUUUCUAAGAACAGCUUUACAGUUAGUAUUUCUUCAACUUGGAUUCCAACGUUUGCCCACCUGGAAUCCCUGCGAUUGAGCUCUCGUAAUAUUGAAGGCGAUUUUCCUGCUUUUCUAUCCACCCAAUAUUCACUAGUAGACCUGGACCUGUCAGAUAACAAAAUUGUAGGAAAAUUUCCUAAUUGGUUGUGGGAUCUUCCCGCUCUCAAUAUGCUCUCUCUUUCCAAUAACCAGCUAGAAGGUUCUCUGUCCUCGGUAAUAUCCAGGGAAUUCAUCAUGGUGGACUUGAAAAGAAACAAGUUGCAGGGCUCUAUUCCAUCUUUUAAGAGAUCGAUGUAUUUUUUUGAUGUUUCAGAGAAUAAUUUCAGUGGUUCCCUCCCUGCUACAACGUACGCUCAAAAUUUUCUUUUGUCAAGAAACAAUUUAAGUGGAGAAAUUCCACCUUCAUUCUGCACAAAUACAAGUCAGUUUGAAAUUCUGGACUUGUCAAAGAACAAUAUUAGGGGCACCAUUCCUGCAAAUUUGGGGAGAUGUAAUGGCAUGACGUUUCUAAAUUUGGCUGAGAAUGAUUUGCAGGGGGAAAUUCCAGAGCAACUGGGAAAUCUGAUUGGUCUUCAAACACUAAAUCUCUAUGGCAACAAUUUACAAGGUACAAUUCCUUCAUCUAUUAUAAAUUGUACAGGCCUAGAAGUCUUUGAUGUGGGAAGCAACCAAAUUGAAGGAAACAUCCCUGUUUUCAUUGGAGAGCUGAGAAAUCUCCGAAUUCUGGGCUUGGCUUCAAAUAAAUUUGAAGGCACUGUUCCGGCCUUCCUGCUUCAGCUCUACUCUCUACAGAUUUUAGAUUUAUCUCACAAUUAUUUAUCAGGAUCUAUUCCUAAAGAUCUAGGAAAGCUAUAUGCUAUGGUUGAUGAAUCAUGUAUUCAAGAAUUAGAGUUUGCUGAGGUUGCUAGUAGUUCGAAUAGCUUCGGUGAUUUUGGCUUCACGAUCUGGGAUCAAGUUACUCUUUGGGUUAAAGGGCGGGAAAGUCCAUAUGAAAAGAUAUUUAAGGCAUUUAGAUUUAUGGACCUAUCAAACAACAAUCUAUCAGGCAAUAUUCCUUCAGAAGUAGGUCUUCUCAAGAAUCUAAAUGCUUUGAACUUUUCAGCAAACAAGUUGAAUGGUUCCAUUCCAGAAUCUGUGGGAAACUUAGUUAAACUGGAGUCCCUGGAUCUCUCAGGAAACAAAUUGUCUGGAAAGAUUCCCUCAGAGCUUGUGAAUCUCACAUUCCUUGCAGUUUUGAAUGUUUCAGACAACAUGCUUUCUGGUUUGAUACCGCAAGGCAAACAAUUUGCAACCUUUGAGGCUUCUUCUUUUGCAGGAAAUCCAGAUCUACAUGGUCCUCCAUUAGAAAAUAGAACACUUAACCCUGGUUUUGGUGGGAAGGGCAGCGAAGGAAACCAAGAAGAAUUGCAUAAAAUAGAGACAGAGCAAGAGGGUGAAGAAAUGAAGAGAUGGUGGGCAGUGGCGGUGGGAUUGAGUUAUGGGGUUGGAUUUGCCACUGUAAUUGCAGUGUUGGGCUUCCAAAUCAGAUGGAGAAAUGAAUAUUUCAGUUUUCUGAAUAGUCUUAUGCCGCACCUCUUUGGACAACCAAGUUGA